CCUGUCCUGGCCCUGCUGUUGUGGCACUUCCCGAGUCAUCCAGCUGAAAGAGGAGGCCGGUUGAACUGUCUCUUCUCCGGAUUGAUGUAAUGAACAUCCUUUGCAUAUAUCUUGGUCCAUGUGUGCGUGUAUUUCCAUAGGAUAGAUACCAUUGGUGGCUUGAAGGGUAUGCAGUUUAAAAUGCUGAUAACUUCUAUGAAAUGUCUUUGAAAAUGAUUGCACUGUAUUUAUUCACAGAGUAAUUGUGUUUUGGAUUUUGCAACUGGAGCCUAGUAAAGAUGAAUGAAAAAAAGUUGGAAACAACUCCACAGCAGCGGAAGCUUCCUGAAUGGAUGUCUGGGCAGAAUGAGACCUGUCCUGCAGUAGAAGGAAAGGCAUCUAUUCAGAAGAGUGUUUUUGAAGAUGGCCUCCCUUUCUUAGAAUUCACUGGAUCGAUUGUUUAUAGUUAUGAAGCUAGUGAUUGCUCUUUUCUAUCAGAAGAUAUUAGCACGGAUCUGUGUACUGGAGGUGUGGUAGGAUUUGACAUGGAAUGGCCACCAGCGUACAGUAAAGGGAAACAGAGCAGAGUUGCACUGAUUCAGUUAUGUGUGUCAGAGAGCAAAUGUUAUUUGUUUCAUAUUUCUUCUAUGUCAGUUUUUCCUCAGGGAUUAAAAAUGUUGCUUGAAAAUGAAGCAAUUAAAAAAGCAGGUGUGGGAAUCAAAGGAGAUCAGCAGAAGCUUCUAUGUGACUUUGACAUCAAUUUGAAGAAUUUUGUGGAGCUGACAGAUGUUGCCAAUGAAAAGCUGAAAUGUACAGAGAUCUGGAGCCUGAAUGGUUUGAUUAAACAUCUCUUCGGCAAACAGCUUCUGAAAGACAGGUCUAUCCGCUGUAGCAAUUGGAGUGACUUUCCUCUCACUGAGGAUCAGAAACUAUAUGCAGCCACUGAUGCAUAUGCUGGUCUCAUCAUUUAUCAAAAAUUAGAGAUUUUAGGUGAUGCUGUGCAAAGGUUUGCUGUAAAUAAAAAAGAGGAGGAAAUGCUACCUAGUGAUGUGAAGAAACAACUGACAUCAAUCUCUGAGAAUAUGAUGGAUCUGGCUAAGCAUCUCCCUGACACUUGGAAAAAAGCGGAAGAUCCACAGAGGAUUUCUAUAUUAUUAUGUGAUAUUUCAGAAAAUCUGUAUUCAUUGAGGAAGAUGAUACUUGGUUCUGCCGAGACUGUUCAGUUAUUACCAUUGGAAGAUCCAGCUGCUGACAGAGUACAACAGAAACAAAUUAUAAAACAGAAAAUUUUUCCUGAAGUUGAAGAUGAUCUAUGGGACACAACACUUGAUAAUUUAAUUAUACAUGAUGAAGGAAAUGUACUUCGAAAUGAAGUGAAACAAGAAGAAGAUAGGCUUGAAGCUGGAUUAGAAGAAGGCAAUAAGUUGAAAGAGAACACAGAAAGAAUUUGUUUGACGUCAUUAGAUAUUACAGAACGUGACCUCCAAAUUUUGGAACAGCAGGCUCAGGAAAAAUUUCAUAAUGAUGCGACUUGCAAAUCUCCUGAGCAUUUAUCUUCUAAGGAUAAAGAAGAGGAUCUAUCUUAUGUAAUUGAAAGUGAUGAAGAUUUAGAAAUGGAGAUGAUUAAGUCUUUAGAAAACCUAAAUACUGGCACGGCAGAUCCAGUUCAUUCAAAAUGCAGAGACAUGGAAAGAAAUCCGGAUGUUCCUUUUGAAGAUGACGAAGAUGAGAUUGAAGCUAUUGAAGAAGAAGAAGAGGAGGGUGCAGACCAUUCAUUACCAGGACCUAAUGCAAGCCAAAUUAAUUUCCUCAAGAUCUAUUUUGGCCAUUCCAGUUUUAAGCCGGUUCAGUGGAAGGUGAUUCAUUCUGUUUUGGAAGAAAGGAGAGAUAAUGUUGUUGUGAUGGCAACUGGAUAUGGAAAGAGUUUGUGCUUCCAGUACCCCGCUGUGUAUUCAGGCAGGAUUGGCCUUGUCAUCUCUCCUCUUAUUUCUUUGAUGGAAGACCAAGUCCUCCAGCUUAAAAUGUCCAACAUUCCAGCUUGUUUUCUGGGAUCAGCACAGUCAAAAAAUGUUCUAGAAGAUAUUAAAUCAGGCAAAUACCGCAUUGUAUACCUAACUCCAGAAUUCUGUUCAGGUAACUUGAGCCUACUCCAGCAACUUCAGGCUAAUAUUGGUAUCACCCUUAUUGCUGUGGAUGAGGCUCACUGUAUUUCUGAAUGGGGACAUGACUUUAGAAUUUCGUUCCGGACUUUGGGCUCCCUAAAGGCAAUACUCCCAUCGGUUCCGAUUGUUGCACUUACUGCCACUGCAAGUUCUUCAAUCCGGGAAGACAUUGUGCGUUGCUUAAACCUGAAGAAUCCUCAGAUUACCUGUACUGGUUUUGAUCGACCAAACUUGUAUUUAGAAGUUGGGCGAAAAACAGGAAACAUUGUUCAGGAUCUUGUCCAAUUUCUUACCCGAAAGACAAAUACCACCUGGGAAUUUGAGGGUCCAACUAUCAUCUAUUGUCCUUCCAGAAAAAUGACAGAACAAGUUACAGCUGAACUUAAGAAACUGAACUUAGCCUGUGGAACAUACCAUGCAGGCCUGAGUGUUAAAUCAAGGAGAGAGGUUCAUCAUAGUUUCAUGAGAGAUGAAAUUCAGUGUGUCAUAGCUACCAUAGCUUUUGGAAUGGGCAUUAAUAAAGCCGACAUUCGCAAAGUCAUUCAUUACGGUGCUCCUAAAGAAAUGGAAUCGUAUUACCAGGAGAUUGGGAGAGCUGGCCGUGAUGGACUUCAGAGUUCUUGUCAUGUACUGUGGGCUCCAGCAGACAUUAACUUAAACAGGCAUCUCCUUAGUGAGAUUCCCAAUGAAAAGUUUCGAUUAUACAAAUUAAAGAUGAUGGCAAAGAUGGAAAAAUAUCUUCAUUCCAGAAGGUGUAGGCGAAAACUCAUCUUGUCUCAUUUUGAAGACAAACAACUACGAAAGGCCUCCGUGGGUAUUAUGGGAACUGAAAAAUGCUGUGAUAAUUGCAGGUCCAGAUUGGAUCAUUGCUGUGCCAUUGAUGACUCAGAUGAGACAUCAAAGGACUUUGGUCCACAAGCAUUCCAGCUUUUAUCUGCUGUGGAAAUCUUAGGAGAAAAGUUUGGAAUUGGACUUCCGAUUUUAUUUCUCCAAGGAUCUAGUUCCCAGCGUCUUCCAGAUCAAUAUCGCAGACACAAUUUAUUUGGCAGUGGCAAGAAUCAGACAGAGAGUUGGUGGAAGGCUUUGUCCCACCAGCUCAUGGCUGAGGGAUUCUUGGUAGAAGUUUCUGGGAAACGCAGAUUUGUAAGGAUUUGCACUCUUACAGAAAAGGGCAGAUGUUGGCUUCAUGAAGCCGGUACAGAGUCUCCUAAGAAACUUAUCCUCCAAGCUAGUGAAGAAUUGUGUCCGAGGGUGUUUCUUCUACCAAGUUCUAAAACUGUACCACCCGGCAUUGAACAGGGUUCCUAUAAUCAAGUACGAGCUGAGUCAACCACAGACAAGAAGCAGCCUAACUUGGAGAAGAUGUAUUCUUAUAAAGCAACUGAUAAAAUUUCUUCUGGGAGAAACAUUCCUAAAAAAAGCAUCAUGGUGCGUUCACCAGGAAAACCUCACAAGUCCUCAGAACCUGUUAUUUCAGCUCAAGAGCAGGAGACUGAGACUGUGUUGUAUGGCAAACUGGUUGAAGCCAGGCAGAAACAAGCCAGUAAAAUGGAUGUCCCUCCAGCUAUCCUGGCAACAAAUAAGAUACUACUGGAUAUGGCCAAAAUGAGACCUACUACAUUUGAAAAUGUGAAAAGGAUCGAUGGUGUGUCUGAAGGCAAAGCUAAUAUGUUGACCCCUCUGUUGGAAGUCAUCAAAGAUUUCUGUCAAAUAAAUAGCACUGAGACAGACCUCUUUUCAAAGACAAAACCUCAGGAAGAACAAAGGAACAGCGUGGUGGCAAAAAAUGAAGCAUGCUCCCUUUCACAGCCUGUGGCCAUCACGUAUUACUUAUUCCAAGAAAAGAAGUUGUCUUUGAUAAGUAUAGCCAAGGAGAGGGUUAUGCCUGUCACAACGGUUGGGAUGCACUUAACCCAAGCAGUGAAAGCUGGCUGCCCACUUGAUAUGGAACGAGCCGGCCUGACUCCAGAGGUUCAGAAGAUCAUUGCUGAUGUUAUCCGAAACCCUCCCAUCAACUCAGAUAUAAAUGAAGUUAAACUAAUUAGAAAGCUGGUUCCUGAAAACAUUGACACGUACCUUAUCCACAUGGCACUUGAGAUCCUGGGAAAAGACUGUGACAACAGACUGUUAGACCAGCUUUCAUGUACUUCCAACAGAAAGAGAUAUUUCCCCAACUCUGAAGAGAGCUGUUCAAGUUCUAAGAGAAGCAGGGAAGCAGUAGGCGCUAAUACCAAGCCUGCCUCUGUAACCUCAAAGAGAAAAUUACCUGAGUGGUUUGCCAAAGGCAGUGAGACUUCAGCUGACACCAGCAAGAAAUCAAUGGCCAGAACAAAAAAGAAAGGUCUUUUUAGUUAAACUGGCAAUUGCCAGAGGAAUUGUGUGUGUCUUACUGUAUUAGAAGAGGGGAGCUGUGUUUCAUUUCUGAAAAUA